GGACUCGCUCCCCAGAGAUUCAGCACCACGGACAGCGCCGCGCCUCAAAGAGUGCUGAUUGGACGCUGGAGGAGACACACGAGGGAGAAGGAACAGCUCAAACUUUAAGGUAUACGUUUCCACCCUUCUUGUUUUCUUUCAUUUUCUCUUUUAUAAUAGAGCUCCGGGCACAGUAGGAUGGCUUUACUGUAGCUCGGUCCGGUCUUUGAACAAUACGACGGUCGUCUUCAUGAUCUCCAUGCUGCGCUGCUCCGCCCUCCUCCUCCUCCUCCUCCUCCCACCAACUCCCCCCUUCGCCCAGACGUCAGCUACUCGAGAACGGACAACAGUGAUUUAAAUCCGGGCAGAGAGGGAAGGUGUCUCUGUGAGAGACAGGAGCAUCUCCGCAAACAGUGAGUGUGAGCGAGCAUUACAGGCUGCCACACGGUGGAGCAAAGACCAACCAAACUUUUUUGUUUUUUAAAUUUUCCAACACCUCCCCUCCCCCUGAACUGAGACACAAAGUUUUGACAUUCUCAACAAACAAACUUUUUUUUUUUAGUAUCCCUCAUUUCUGUUUGGCUCUACUUUUUUUUUACACUUGUCAUUUCUUUUUACAUCAGCAACAAGUGCUUCUGGCUACCAGACACAACUUAUCUAUAUGAUAUUUUUCCACACACAGAGAAAAAAAAAAACAGAUGCCAACGACACAUUAGCCGCCGCUCAGUGCACCGUGGUCGCCCAGUGUGCUACCGCCGUGACAGCGGACUGCGAUGAUCGUGUCCAACGUGAGCCUUAGCGGCUGCGCGGGGGUCAACGGCGCUUUGUGUGCCGGAGCCGGGGAAGGGUACCGAACCACCCUUACCCCGACGGGGAACGUGGUGGUGGCUGUGUGCCUUGGCUUCAUCGGCACGUUCGGACUUCUGAACAACCUGCUGGUGCUAGUGCUCUUCUGCCGCUUCAAGAUGCUGCGGUCUCCCAUCAACCUGCUGCUGAUUAACAUUUCCAUCAGCGACCUGCUGGUGUGCGUACUGGGAACUCCGUUCAGCUUCGCGGCCAGCACGCAGGGACGGUGGCUCAUAGGAGAGGCGGGCUGCGUGUGGUACGGAUUCGCCAACUCGCUCUUUGGCAUCGUCUCCCUGAUCUCCUUGGCUGUCCUCUCUUAUGAGCGCUACAGCACCAUGAUGACCCCAACUGAGGCGGACUCGUCCAACUACUGUAAGAUCUCCCUGGGCAUCACCCUGUCAUGGGUCUACUCCCUCAUCUGGACCAUGCCACCGCUCUUUGGCUGGAGCAGCUACGGCCUCGAGGGCCCCGGGACCACCUGCUCGGUUGACUGGUCGGCCAAGACGGCGAAUAACAUCUCUUACAUAAUCUGCCUGUUUGUGUUCUGCCUCAUCGUGCCAUUUGUGGUGAUCGUGUUCAGCUACGGCAAGCUGCUGUGCGCCAUCAGACAGGUGAGCGGGAUAAACGCAUCUAUGAGCAAGAAACGUGAGCAGCGGGUGUUAUUCAUGGUGGUGAUUAUGGUGAUCUGCUAUUUGCUGUGCUGGCUGCCGUACGGCAUCAUGUCCCUGCUCGCCACCUUCGGGCCGCCGGGCCUGGUCACGCCUGAGGCCAGCAUCAUCCCCUCGGUCCUGGCCAAGACGAGCACGGUCAUCAACCCGGUCAUCUACGUCUUCAUGAAUAAACAGUUUUACAGAUGUUUCCAAGCCCUGCUGAGCUGUGAGGCUCCUCGACGAGGCUCCAGCGUAAAAAGCUCCUCCAAGGUCGUCGUCAAGGCCAUGAGGGGCGUAGCAGUCACUAGCCCCCGACGUACUAACGACUUUCUAUUUAUGGUAGCCUCUCUGGGUCAACCGGCCACCACCAUGCCCCAACUGGGACCCGCCUAUGAACCCACCAUUGAUGUCACCAGACCCCCCUCCUCAGACAUCAACAAACCUGUCGUAGUAUCGCUAGUGGCCCACUUGGAUGGCUGAUGAAGGCAUCAACUAUGAAACCUCAAAGUCCCCUGCCCGGAAAUCAUUAAUAAUGAGAGAGGCGGUGUUACUGUGGCUUGGAGAGAAGCAGCCUGCCAGUCCAGGUGGAUUUAAUGCAGCUGUUGCAUCAGCUCAGCCCUGGUUUGAAGAGAUGAUGGACCAGUAACAAAGGAACACUCUUGGACUGUCUUCUGACAAUAUGUGCAGAAAUCUGAGGCGGUUAGCCUGCAGAAGCUGGGAGUCUGUGUUUUCUUCCAUAAACACAGAUAGCCAUCUAGCUAGAAAUAAUCAUUUUAAGGAUGUUCUUUGGAAAAAGCACAGUCGGACUGUUAUUUCAACAGUGGAGCAUUUAUUUUUCUACAAUGUCUUGUACAAAGCAGUCACUCGUAAAAUGUCAUAACUGAGAAGUGGUCAGAGUGACAAAAGAGGGAUAAGAUGUAUUUAUAAGAUGUAUUUAUGCAUUUUUGUAUUGACUAGUUAUUGACUGUGAUUACAAAGCUAGGUUAAAGAACACAAUGUUUAUUUGAUGUUUGUAU